AUGAAUGGUGAUAUUCAAUUUGACAAUAUCGACUUUGCUUAUCCAACUCGACCUGAUGUGUUCGUCUUACGAAAUCUCACAUUGACGGCUCGUGCAGGUGAGAUAACAGCUUUAGUCGGUUCAAAUGGCUCUGGCAAGAGCACAUGCAUUUCACUUUUACUUCGUUUUUAUGAUCCAUCAUCUGGUCAAAUUACAAUUAAUGAUCGAUCCAUAGCAGAUUACAAUUUGAGACAACUGCGACAAAAGAUUGGUGUAGCCAGCCAAGAACCUAUUCUAUUUGCUACAAGUAUCUAUGAAAAUAUUCGCUUUGGUAAAGAAAAUGCAACAAGAAUCGAGAUCGAAGAAGCAGCACGUCAAGCUAAUGCACACGAUUUCAUUAUGCAAUUACCGAAUAAAUAUGAUACAAUCGUCGGAGAAAAUGGUGUUCAAUUGAGUGGUGGUGAAAAACAACGUGUGGCUUUGGCUCGUGCUCUUUACACUGCAUUUGCUAUAUCUGGCUCAAAAUUGACCGAGCGUAUUCGUGCUAAAGCUUUUGCACACCUUCUGCGUCAAGAAGUGGCUUUCUUUGAUCGUCUUGAAAAUAGUUCCGGAGCUAUUUGUAAUCGUCUCUCAUCUGAUGCAUUGGCUAUUCAGCAGAUAACUGGGGCUCGUCUAGGCAUUGUUUGUGAAUCAAUCGCAAUGUUUGGAAUUGGUGUUGUUCUCGGAGUCUUGAUGAAUUGGCAAUUGACUUUAGUUGCACUCUUCUAUUUUGUCUCUUUAUUUAUUCUUGCUAUCGUGCAAAUACGUUGGCAAGCACGAUUGAACAAACGUUCUGAUGAUAUUCUUGAAUUAGCAAGUUCGGUAAGACCAACAUGUCGAUUACAAUAUCAUGUGCACUGA